CCGCCGCCGCCGCCGCCAUGACGGGGCUCGCCCUGCUCUACUCGGGGCUCGGCCUCGCCUUCUGGACCACGCUGCUGGGCGUCGGGAUCUGCUACACGAUAUUUGACCUGGGCUUCCGUUUCGAUGUGGCCUGGUUUCUGACCGAGACCUCCCCCUACAUGUGGUCCAACCUGGGCAUUGGCUUGGCCAUCUCCCUGUCUGUGGUGGGAGCUGCCUGGGGGAUUUACAUCACGGGCUCCAGUAUCAUUGGCGGUGGAGUCAAAGCCCCACGGAUCAAAACGAAGAAUCUGGUGAGCAUCAUUUUCUGCGAGGCCGUGGCCAUCUACGGGAUCAUCAUGGCAAUAGUCAUCAGUAACAUGGCCGAGCCUUUCAGUGGAGUCACCCCAGAAGAGAUUGGUGCCAGGAACUACCACGCAGGUUUCUCCAUGUUUGGAGCUGGUCUGACCGUGGGUUUAUGCAAUCUCUUCUGUGGGGUCUGUGUGGGCAUCGUGGGCAGCGGGGCUGCCCUGGCUGAUGCCCAGAAUGCCAGCCUCUUCGUUAAGAUCCUGAUUGUGGAAAUCUUUGGCAGUGCCAUAGGGCUGUUUGGAGUCAUCGUUGCUAUCCUGCAGACAUCUAAAGUAAAAAUGGGCUGAGCCCUCUUGCACUCAGCCUGUUCCAGCCCGCCCCAAGAGGUUCUGUAUAUACUUAUUUAA